AUGGAUAUGUGCGAGAUGCAAGGAAUCGAUCGGGAAGCACCAGAGGGAAAGAUCUCCCACCACGCGCACGUCAUCUGCUGGUCCAGGCACAAGGAGCGGCACUUCUGCUGGAGCUGCGGUGCUACGGCGGAGAAGCACCUGAGCAACAAGAUGGUGAACAGCUGCGAAGGGUGGCCAGCGGGCCAGGCAUCAAGGUACGCACUGAAAUCAAUCAGGCGCAAGAUGGACUGGGCACCAGGAGCGGGAGAUAGAUGGAGCAAAAACACCAUGCAAAAGUUCACGAAGUCCGAGCAGCAUAAGAGCAACGCGAGGGACCACGCGAGGGUCCACGCCUCGAGUCAGAACGAUGAGAGGUCGGUCGCUAGUGGGCCGCGGCACCAGACCGACGACCACGGAGGCCCCGUGGACUGCGAGAAGGACGGCGGCGACAUCCGCGCGCCGGCUGUGGUGCCACAUCCGCAGGCGUGGCUCGGCGACAGCUGGGACAACCCAGGGCAGGCAGCGGCGUCGUGGAUCCGUGACGAGUUCGAAUUGCGCUUGUUUGCGCUAGGCGGCCCUCGCGCAAAGGGGGCCGCGCAGCUGGUCAAGGGGUCGGGCGACCUUGCGAACGGGUUAGGGGUCCUUUGGUACCACCGCCCGAAGGCGGAGCUGGCGCGCUACCCGGAGACCCACGCCAAGCUCCCGAGGAUCCUCCGCUGGGUGCUGCGGAGGUACCCGUUGGAGCAGCCAGCGCUGGGGCGGAGGCUCGCCCUGCGCAGCAGGAGACUGCUCCUGGGCGCCCUCCAGGGCUUCGAGGCCGCCGACCACCGCGUCCUGGACCCGGCUCGGCUGGAGAUGCUGUUGUUGGCGCGGGCGCUGGCGGUGUGGGCGUUACGGGCGCGGAAGACCCGGUGCGCGGCCGCCAGGAGGGCACGGCGGUGGCAAGGGGCAGAGAGGGG